AAGUCAUGGCUGGCCUGGAGCCGCUGAGCGUCGCCACGUUCAACGCGCUGCUCAGCAAGUCGGAGGGGCGGGACAAGCUGGCGCGGCUCAUGCAGUACCUGGCGCGGACCAUCAUUGGAUGCGCGGGGAUGGCCACGAUCAAGAAGGGUACUUUCCUCUUCAAGCUCAACGAGCAGGCCACCAACAUUAUGAAGCAGUUGGCUGGCGCGCGGCGGACUCACAGGAUAUUGUGGUGCAAGGAGUUCCCAGUGAUCAAGAGCAUCGUCACGACGUUCCCCAGGCAGCUCUGCGCGCCCGUGGACUGGGACGCCGCCCUGGAGCGCGGGCUCGACCUCCUGCAGAAGUGUUCCCUGGAGCGACGUUCCUCAUGAUCGACCACGUCGGCUGGCUGAAGCAGGUGAAGGUGCUCGGCGGCGGCAAGCGGGCUGGCACUGGAACGAUUCAGCUUGGGCUGAAGUUCUUCUGCCUGUCCAACUUCAUCGGGGCGCUGUUCCAGCUGAAGAAGAUGAGAGACUCUGCCGCGAAGGCCAGGGAGAGCGGGGAGUCGGGCUCCUGCGAGCAGUCGAAGAAGUGCGCGCAGAACGCCUUCAAGCACGCCCUGCUCGUCCUCCAGACUGCGCACCUCUCCCGGCUGCGCGAGACCCACGACGCGCUUGUGGGAGCUGCCGGCGUGGUGACCAGCGCCAUGGACGUGAUGGCGCAGUGGCCAGAGAAGAAGGCCCCUGCAAAGCCCAUCGCCGACGCGAAGCUCAGCGCCGACGCCAAGACUGUCACCCAGCAGCCCCUGCACCUCGCGCGGCCCACGCACAUGACCGAGCAGGCGCCGGGGGCCGGCGGCGGGCACCAGCUGUGGCCUGGCGAGCCGCCGCAGCCCUACCCGCCGAACCUGCCCGACCUGCUCCGCGCGCCGCUCAACGGCAUGCACUUCCCCUUCUUCCGGAUGGACGAGUGCGACGAGGAGGCAGCCGACGGCGGCCAGCGCGGGAGCACCCUGCCGGAGCUCUUCCUCCCGCAGGGGACGAACUUCGGCCUCGGCGGCCGCCACACGCCGAGCAUGCCAGCCUGGGAGAGGGGGCCGCGCAGCUCGUCGUUGCCUUCUGAGGCACCGCGGAGUGCGUCAGCGCCUUCUGCCUCAGGCCCGCGGCGGCAGGACGGCUCGUGGCACGAGCAGCGCCCGUCGGGCGCCACCGGACAGGGCCCGGAGCUCUACAAAGGCACCGAUGGGAGCGGGGAGCUCUUCAGGGGCAGCGUCGACGAGGGUCCGGCAGGUAAAGGGCAGGAAGGGAUCGGGGGCGGCGAAGAGGGGGGUGAUGACUGGGAUUCCAUGAUGUUUCCACAGAUUCCACAGAUCGUGACUAGGCGCGGGCCGCGCCUCGGGCGGGACUCGGGCAGCUUACUUAUGCAGCGUUCGGCGGCCCAGCGUGCUGCGGGACGGCAGUGGGCUAAGUGGUCCGCCGACAACGCCGUGCGGCGGCUGACGGGCGAGUUGGGGAGGACUCGGGCCCGUCUGGAGGCCGCGGAGCAGGCCUUGGGCGCUGUCAUCGGGGAUGACGAGGUGGCCCAUAGGCUGCAGGCGAUGCUCCCCGCGCUGCAGGCCACGCUGGGAGGGUGGACCCCAUCCUGGCUCGAGCGCCUGCGCCGCAACGUCGCCCUCCAUGCCGAGGCGCAGGGCAUGGACAUCGUGGCGGCCAGCGCGGCGGAGCUACGUUCUGCGCAGCGGGGACCCCGGCUGGAGCGGCGCGCGGCGGCCGAUGGCGCGCUGAGGGCGGAUGCGCCUCCCUUCGUCCCCCUCGGCCCCAUCGGCGCUGGCGCGCCCGGCGGCGGCGUGCCCCACACGCCGCACGACGCCAACCAGCUGCUGGCGGACCUCAUCGCCUACGCCGCCCCCAUGCAGGAGGCGCUUCUCGGCGAGGGUUGCCAGCACGCGCAGACCGACGGCAUCGACACGGAGCUGGAGGCCGCCGACGGCGGGAGCGGCGGGCCGCAGCUCGGUGGCCCCCAGGGCGCUGCGGCCGCCCGCGCCCGCGACCUAGCCGAGCUCCACGACGCCUUCGUGGAGGAGGUCUUCGUGUCGGCGAACGAGGCCUUCGGCGUCCAGGACGACCUGAACCAGCUGAUGGCUGAUCUGGCGGCGGAGCUCGGCGGCGAGGCCGACUCCAGGUACGCCGCCGCGGCGGAGCCCGGCCCUGGGACAGGUGGAUUCAGCCCACCGAAGUCGCAGUCCCAGGGUCGCGGCGAGUUCGAGAAGCCGCACGACGCGGAGGUGAACGCUGCUGGCAUCGCGGAGCUCGACGCGCUGUAUGCCGCUGCUGGGGGCACGGCGCUGGUGCACGGCAGCGGCGCGCGGGCCCGCGGCGGGUUCGCCCAGGAGGCCGCCCUGGGCGGCGGCACUGCAGGCACCUCGGAGCCCAUCGGGCUGUCCGAGGCUGCUGGUGGCGAGGUGCUGCUGCAGACGUCCGAGGGCACGAACAGCAGUGCGGUUGCUGCAGAGGCCGUGGCCGAGCAGGACGCCUGCGCGGACCUCUCGGCGGGUGACCUGCGGGAGCGCCACUCGGAGCCGAGCCCGACCGCGCCCGAGAAGGCCUCGGGCCAAUGGCGGUCGGCAUCGGACGAGCUCCGAGGCGCGACGUCAGCCCUCCUAAUGGACCUGGAGGCGCAGCUGGCGGCCGUGUGGGAGUGGGCCGAUCCCCGCCGCCCCGCGGGCGCGGGCGCGCCCGAGUCGGAGUACGCGAGGGCGGCUCGCGCAGCGGCGCCGGAGCCGUGGCAGCAGGGGCCCCCCGACGAGCCCGCGCGCCCCCCGAACGGGGACCGGCACGGACAGCCCAGGCGCCGGGCGCCCCGGCACCGCGACCAGCGGGAGUACGCCGGAGGGCCCACGGAGGUGGAGGUCCACGACGACCAGGGCGUGCAGGCCUGCUGCCAGCUCUUCCCGGGCACGGGCGGCCAGGGCCAGGCCGUCAAGGGCGCCAGCUCCUGCCUGAUGCAGUAG